AGGCGGGAACCAUUUUCGGUACAAGUCUAAUGGAAAUUUCCACUCGUCGUGUUGAGACAGAACGUAAAGCUGAUCUGACGAGGAGUCGAGGUGUUAUAGAGAACUGCUCAACAGUCACCGAAUAAUUACAAGUCGGCCUUUCGGACCUUGUUGACAAACUUAACGACUUCUAGAAUCUACUUUUUUUUUACGUCUUCUGGAACAAAUAGUCAAAAUGUCUCAGCAGCAGAUAAGCCUUCCAGCCAAGCUCAUUAAUGGUGGUAUUGCUGGCAUAGUCGGGGUCACUUGUGUCUUUCCCAUUGAUUUGGCAAAAACCAGGUUGCAGAACCAAAGAAUUGGGCAGCAAGCCUACAAGAGCAUGAUGGACUGCCUUGUCAAGACAGUUCGAUCAGAGGGAUACUUUGGAAUGUACAGAGGUGCAGCAGUAAAUUUGACUCUGGUUACCCCCGAGAAGGCCAUCAAGCUAGCUGCUAAUGACUUGUUCCGCCAUCACCUUGCCAAGGAUGGAAAAGGGUUGACUGUGUUCAAAGAGAUGCUGGCGGGUUGUGGUGCCGGCAUGUGCCAGGUCAUUGUGACCACCCCCAUGGAAAUGCUCAAGAUACAGUUACAGGAUGCAGGAAGGCUGGCAGCUCAACAACAAAAACCAGUCAUGGUGUCUCCUACAAAGCUUGCGGCCACCAACACGGUCCUCUCUCGCUCCUACAACUCUGGCACUGCUGUGUCUGCACCAAGAGCCGUGUCGGCCACUCGGAUUGCUACGGAUCUCCUCCGCACACAAGGCAUCCAGGGGCUCUACAAAGGUCUGGGAGCUACACUGAUGAGGGAUGUUCCCUUUUCCGUUGUAUACUUCCCGUUGUUUGCUAACCUGAACCGCCUGGGCAAACCCAGUCCUGAUGAGUCCUCGCCAUUCUACUGGGCCUUCCUGUCGGGCUGUGUAGCAGGAUCUACUGCUGCUGUUGCGGUUAACCCAUGUGAUGUGGUGAAGACCAGACUGCAGUCCCUGAACAAAGGGGCAAGUGAGGAGAGCUACAAUGGAGUUAUGGAUUGUGUAAACAAAAUUCUGCGAAAGGAAGGACCGUCUGCCUUCCUGAAGGGUGCAGGCUGCCGGGCUCUAGUCAUCGCACCUCUGUUUGGAAUUGCACAGGUCAUGUACUUCGUAGGAGUCGGUGAAUACAUCCUGGACAACUUUCCUUCGAGCUUCAUGUCUGUUUGAGACCGCUAUGCCUGUCUGACCCUUGACUUCUGGCAGCUACAAAACUUCAGUUUACAGCAACACGAUGAGUCGGGGUUGGAUGGUUUUAAUUAUCGGUACGGUCUGACAGCUGUGCUGCACUUUAAUGACUUAAUGCAGCCAUUGUUUGCACUUGAAGCUGUUGGUCACCUUGGGUUUGGGGCUCAGAACAAGAUUUUAAUCUGUUCAGAUUGAUUCCCUCUGUGAGGGAGGGAAAUUCAUCCAAAAAUAGACUAUUUUUGUGUUCUUUAUAUUUCCAUAUUUUGUAUGUGAAUGAUAUUUUAGUAAAUUAAACUUUGUAAUUUUUUAAAAUGAUCAUCACCAUUAUCAUUAUUCUUGCUGUUGCCAGUCUGAAAACAAAACAGAACAGUCAACUUGGUACUAAGAUGUGUAAUGUGUCAAUACUGUGAGGGCUAGUUUACACGUUACUUAUAAAUGGUAAUCAUGAUCCUUCCUUCAAGCACGGGACCACUGGUUUACCAAACCACGUGUCCUUGUAAAUCCUAGUGUUAGUGCUCAGAAGUUAAAACACUGUGGGAACUGAUGUGUUUGUAUUUUUUCUGCUAAAACUUGACACCGUUCAUGCACACAGUGUAUGUGUAUGUUCAUCCUCAUCAUCCUACACAUUUCCAUUCCUCUAGUUUGGGUUAUGCUGUGAUAUCUGUAAGAUCAGUACUCGUACUGCGACCAGUCCCUGUUACUGCCUUUGUUGUGUUUGUUUUGUAUGCAUUAUAUACUCAUUAAAUUUAUAAUCUGCUA